GCUUUUUCCAGUGGUUUCGACGAAUUUUCCCUGACUUGUCCAUAUCAAAAGUUGAAAAAACCGUGGAAAGGUAUAUAGUAGGAGAAUUUUCAUUGAUAUGCUGCACCUCUAUGGCACACGCGGGGAAUACUAUAUAAGAUAUGGGCGAAAAUAAUUUCCGCGUAUGCGAAGUAGUGCAGCAUAACCGGGUUUUCGUCGCUGAGGGGAGGAGGGGGGGCUAAAAAAGGCAAGUAUAUAUGCCCUCUCGGGGCAUGAACGCAUAGAAAAGCGAUCUGAAAAGUGAUCCUGAUGUUGGCAAAACAUUUAAAUACCACGCUCAAUACCCAGGGUUAAUGCAAGGGUCCCAGGAGGGAAAACGUGCUAAAUUAUGGGGCCCGCGUACCCAUUUCGGAGCAAACAUAUCAAUGAAAAUAGCAGGAGCCGAUUAUUGGCUCCUGUAUAUGGCCAUGAGGCACUCCAGGGAUUCAUGGAGCUGCGUGAUUUGAUCAUUAACUUGCGGCUCUCUGCUAGAAGUUGUGGUUCGUCCUAUCUUCCCAUGCACAAAGACCUUGAGGUUAUGUUUGAAAGUACAGUGGAACCUCGAUAUAACGAAGGGCCAAAGUUUCGUAGAUCGAGGCUCUUUUUCAUAUAUUUCCGAGCGAAGCGAGGCGCCUUGGGCGGAUUGUCUCUUAUAAUCUCGUCAAGCGCAAAGCGAGUGUACCGCGCGUGGUGUUAG